AUGGGAAGGAAAAAGAUCAAGAUUCAACCUAUCAAAGAUGACCGUAACAAACAGGUCACCUUUUUGAAACGCAAAUAUGGGCUAAUGAAGAAGGCAUAUGAAUUGAGUGUGCUUUGCGACUGUGAGAUUGCACUGAUUAUCUUCAACUCCAAUAACAAGUUGGUGCAAUAUGCCAGCACUGAAAUUGAUAAAAUCUUGAUGAAAUACACUGAAGUA